CCAGGGGUAAGCGAGGGAGGAAGUCCAGCUUGGCAGGGCAGGGCGUAAGCGAGAGAAGAACAGAACAGCAGCUCAGGCUUGAGUAGGGACAAAAAAUAGCCAAGGGAGAAGUAGAUGUGAGAAAGACUACAGCAGGGAACACAACAACACAUACUGCCUGGGCAUUUAGAGCUGUUGCGGGGGGAAUCAUGGCCUCUCUGCUGUUUGGAUCUAUCUGUGUUCUCUGCAUCUUGUCAGCACUCUCGCACACAGCUUCCUCGCAACAUUUAAACACAGUCCACAGGGUAUGUGCACGAGGUUUCUUCCGGAGUGAGCAAGAAACAUGUCUCCCUUGUAACUGUAAAGGCCAUGCUGAUAGCUGUGAGGACAUCACUGGGAUAUGCAUUGAAUGUCAGGACCACACCGUUGGAGAUUUCUGUGAGCAGUGUGAAGAUAGAUAUUUACCUGUGUUUCUUCCUGAAGGCACCUUUGUUUGUAGACCAUGUGCCUGCCCGCUGUCACUGGAAUCUAACAACUUUGCAACUCACUGUGAUAGGAGAGGUAAUUUUCUGAGAUGUGUGUGCCAGGAUGGGUAUGCUGGACACUACUGCGAGAGAUGUGCUCCAGGUUACUAUGGCAAUCCAAUGGAGCUGGGGAAUUCCUGCAAAAAGUGUGAUUGUAAUGGCAACUCUGACCCAAAUCUUAUCUUCAACGAGUGCAAUAAUGUGACGGGCCAGUGCCUGAACUGUUGGGGUAACACCUCUGGUGACAACUGUGAAAGAUGUGCACCAGGUUUCUAUGGGGAUGCCAUCAGUGCUAAAGACUGUCGGGAGUGUCAGUGUGAUAAAUGUGGUACUGCAUCAUGUGAUGACAGGACAGGUGUUUGUCACUGUAAACCUGGAGUCACAGGUCACCUAUGUGACAGAUGUGAGGAGGGUUAUUCCGGAUUUGGCACUUGCAUGGGUUGCCGUCGGUGUGAAUGUGCCUCUGCCGCCCUCCGUGCCACCUGUCACCCUCUUACACACAGCUGCCAGUGCCGCCCGGGGGCUGGAGGCCGGUACUGUGAGCGCUGCCUGCCAGGAUUCUGGGAUUACAGCCCUUCCGGCUGCAAGAGUAAGUCUGAGCGAUCUCACUGCAUAUGGCAUGAUUCACAGCUGGAGCAGGAAUUCAGGUUCAGGAUUGCAAUGUCAAGACUCUGUAGUUAUUCUGAAACUAUGUUUAUUAGGUUGUGUUUACACUGGGUUUCAAACAAAAAAAAAAAAAAAAUUCUAAAAUUCAUGGUUUCAAAAGACUUAUCAAACCAAUCUCAACCUCAAGACUUCAAAAGAUCCACACCAAAACCUAAAAGAUCCACACCAAAACCUGAAAGUGCCCAACAGAUCAGCAAUGAAAACUUCACUUACUGUAGCAAUAGUUUUAAGUAAUUUAAACAGCACUUUUUUUGGUUCACUGCAAUACCACUUCCAUCUGGCUUGUGAAUUUGGUGUGAGAAUGCAGAGGGUCAUUUUUCAUCACCCUUGUCCUGAGCAGAACAGUUGAACAGCUGUUCCCAUGACCCAUCAUUUAUAAUUUUGUUAAGGGAUCUAUACACCCACACAGUCGCUUGGCCAUCUGCACAUAAGAAUGGGGAUUUACAUUAAUAAUGUAUUUCCUAUUACAUCAUCAUUUCCCUCUUAACAUACCAGCCCCAUUUGUGGCCCAAGCAAGUUUUGAGUUUGGGUGUGUUGAAACAAUGUGUCAAAUAGAAAAUGAAAGAGAUAACAGUUGUCUUAAGCAGUAAUUCAUAAUUUUUUUCAAGUAGUUUAAACCCAGCUACUUACGGUGUUUUAGUGAUCAUUGGUGUGUCUACAUACAAACAAACAAACAAAUAAAUAUAGUUACAAAAAUUAAAAAACAAUGUUAACAAUGCUUUGGUCACACUUGAUUUUAAGGUCCAGUUCUAGCUAUUAACAAACCAUUAACUACAGCUUUUGCCAUAAUAAACUCCUAAUUUGCUGCUUAUUAAUAGUAAGUAAGGUAGUUGUUAAGUUUAGGUGUUGGGUGGGACUGGGGAUAUACAAUAUGGUCAUGCACAAUAGGUGCUUUCUAAGUACUAAUAAACAGCCAAUAUGUUAAUAAUAGGCAUGAUAAUAAGUAACUAGAUAAAAAGUUUGUUAGCAAACUUUAAGUUGGCUUGAGAAAGCCUAGCCAGUAAGUUUUAAGUAGUUUUAAAAGCUUUUAGUUUAAAGAAAGUUUAAAGGUUUUCAAUUUGAAAUAGUUUUAGUUUGAUUGAUAAAGUUUGAAGAUAGAUAGGCUAGAUAGAUAUAAAUAAAGAAAAAAAGAAAAAUUAGUUAGAAAGAAAAAGAAAGAAAGAAAGAUUAGUUAGAAAGAAAGAAACAUUAGUUAGAAAGAAAGAAGAAAGAUAAAAAAGAAAGAUUAGUUAGAAAGAAAGAAAAAAGAAAGAUUAGUAAGAAAGAAAAGUAAGAAAGAAAGAAAAGUAAAAAAGAAAAAAGAAAGAUUAGUAAGAAAGAAAGAAAAGUAAGAAAGAAAGAAAAGUAAAAAAAGAAAAAAGAAAGAUUAGUUAGAAAGAAAAGUAAGCAAGAAAGAAAAGAAAGAUUAGUUAGAAAGAAAGAAAAAGAAAAAAGAAAGAUUAGCUAGAAAUAAAGAAGAAAGACUGGUUAGAAAGAAAGAAAGAAAAAAGGAAGAAAGAUUAGUUAGAACGAAAGAAAAAAGAAAGAUUUGUUAGAAAGGAAAGAAAGAUUAGUUAGAAAGAUUAGUUAGAAAGAAAGCAUGUCGCUAGCAUGGUUUUAGCAUGAUUAGCAAGUCGCCAACAUGAUUCUAGCAUGACUAGCAAGUCGCUAGCAUGAUUUUAGCAAGUCGUUAGUAUGAUUUUAGCAUGACUAGCAAGUCACUAGCAUGAUUUUAACAUGACUAGCAAGUCACUAGCAUGAUUUUAGCAUGACUAGCAAGUCGCUAGCAUGAUUUUAGGAUGACUAGCAAAUCAUUAGCACGACUUUAGCAUGACUAGCAAGUCACUAGCAUGAUUUUAGCAUGACUAACAAAGUCGCUAGCAGGAUUUAAGCAUGACUAGCAAGUCGCUAGCAUGAUUUUAGCAUGAUUAGCAAGUCGCCAACAUGAUUUUAGCAUGACUAGCAAAUCGCUAGCAUGAUUUUAGCAAG